AUGAAGAACCCCUUCAAGACAGGCUCGGAGCCCAUCUCGGAGCCCAUCUCGGCCGAGUACAGCGACGAGAAGUCGCCGUCUCCGGAUGUCGAGCGAAUCGAGGCCGCACGCGCCGACCUGGAGCGAAUUCGCAAGGCACACCAGUGGGAUCCGAACCUGCCCAAGGACAAGCUCGACGCCGUCAACGCAGCCAUCCAGCAUGGCGACCCCAAGGAGCUGCUUCAGGCCGACGAGCUCUUCACCGAAGACUCACCCUAUGAAGAGGUCCGAGCCGCCGUGCGCAAUACGGACGGCGAGGAGGUGGCCAACACGUUGAGAGCCUGGAUUCUCGGCAUGUUUUUUGUCACCAUAGGUAGCGGGCUCAACAUGUUUCUCAGCAUGAGGAGCCCAGCCAUCAACUUUCCCGCCAUUGUCGUCCAGCUGCUCGUCUAUCCCAUCGGAUGCGCGUGGGCAAAAGUGCUCCCGACCAGAGUCUUCAACACCUUUGGUCUCCGCUGGACGCUGAACCCGGGCCCCUUUACCAUCAAAGAACACGUCGUCGUCACGCUCAUGGCCAACGUGUGCAUUAGCUACGCCUACAGCACUGACGCCCUGCUCGCCCUGCAGGGCAAGCCGUUCUACAACAUCAACCUCGGCUGGGGCUUUUCUCUCCUCUUCACCCUAAGCUCGCAGCUCAUCGGCAUCUCCCUCGCCGGCAUCUUCCGCCGCUUCCUGGUCUGGCCCGCCGCCAUGAUGUGGCCCAACCAGUUCGCCAACACGUCUCUGUUUUAUGCGCUGCACGACAAGAGCAAGAGCGACGGCGUCCACUCCAACGGCUGGCGCAUCAGCCGCUACCGCUGGUUUGGUCUCGUCGCCAUGGCCAUGUUCUGCUACUACUGGAUUCCCGGCGUCUUGUUUCAGGGGCUGUCUGUUUUUGCCUUCAUUACCUGGAUCAAACCCAACAACGUCGUGGUAAACCAGUUGUUUGGUGGCGUGACUGGCCUGUCGCUCAUUCCCAUCACGUUCGACUGGACGUAUGUGACGGCCUAUCUGGGCGACCCUCUGCUCGCCCCGACACACUCGCACGUCAAUACCUUGAUUGGUCUUUUUCUGUUCGUCAUCAUCACGACAAUUGGCAUCACGUACAGCGGCGCCUUGUUCGCCGACUACCUGCCCCUGGUCACGGCUCAGACGUAUGACAACACGCAAAACUACUACAACGUCAGCCGUAUCCUCGGUCCCGGCUACACCUUUGACGAGGCCAAGUACAAGUCGUACUCGCCACUGUUCCUGGCUCCUACGUUUGCUCUCAACUACGGCCUUUCGUUUGCCGCGCUCACGUCUGCCAUUGUCCACGUCGGGCUGUAUCAUGGCAAAGAGGUCUGGUACCGUUUCCGGGCUGCCCACAACCAAGAGCCCGAUGUGCACAUGAAGCUGAUGAAGAAGUACGCACAUGCCCCGGACUGGUGGUACGCCGUUCUCUUCCUCGUCUCCAUCGCGCUCGGCCUCGCCACCGCGGAAGGCUUCGAGUCGCAACUCCCGUGGUGGGCCUUUUUCGUGUCCAUCAUCAUCGCCUGCGUUUUUGUUGUACCGACUACGAUGAUUCUCGCCGUGUCGAAUAUCUUGCUGAGUCUGAACGUCAUAUCGCCCUUCCUCGCCGGCUUCAUCAUCCCCGGCCGACCGAUUGGCGUCAUGAUGUUCAAGGUGUUUAGCACCAUCACGCUGGGCCAGGCGCAGACCUACAGCGGCAACCUGAAGCUUGCACACUACAUGAAGGUGCCGCCGCGCGUCACUUUCAUCUGUCAGGUCGUGGCUACGAUCUGGGCCGUGUUCGUCCAGAUUGCCGUCAUGAACUGGACCCUAGGCAACAUCGACGGAGUGUGCGACAACAAGCAGGUCAGCCAUUUUACCUGCCCGAACGGCCGCGCCUUCUUCUCAUCGAGCAUCGUCUGGGGUGUCAUCGGCCCGCGGCGCAUGUUUGGCGUGGGUAGCAUGUACGCUCACUUCAACUGGUUCUGGCUCGUCGGGGCAUCCAUGCCGGUGAUUCUGUACGUGCUCACGAAGCGCCUCAAGAUCAGCUUCUUUGGGCACUUCCAGGCACCCAUCAUGCUCGGCGCCAUGGCGUGGCUGCCGCCAGCAACGCCCCUCAGCUUCUCGUCCUGGGCUAUCUUUGGGCUCAUCUUCAACCGCUGGAUCCGGCGCAAGUGGCACGGCUGGUGGUCGACGUACAACUACGUGACGGCCGCGGCGCUGGACGCCGGGCUGGUGCUCAGCACAAUCAUCAUCUUCUUCGCCAUCACGUUCCCGGGAGUCAAGGCGCCGCAGUGGUGGGGAAACGUGACGGUCUUUGAGACCCUGGAUGCAUCGUAUGCUGCAGUGCUCAAGACAGUGCCGGAGAAUGGGACUUUUGGGCCCGCGACCUGGUGA